AUGGUUUGUUUAGGAGUCAGUUUAGUUAAUUUUUCUACGCGAUCCUUAGAACCGUCGUUUGGACUCCUCUUUAAGGAUCUGCUCGAUGACCUUGGCGUCCAUACCACGGGUGCUUCCGUCAUCGCCAGUACCUUGGACUCGGUGGUCAACUUUUCUGGCUUUUUCGUGGGUCCUGUGAUAAAAACCUUUUCGUAUAGAAAAGUGUGCUUCGUGGGGUCAACAAUAUGUGCUCUAGGACUGCUCUUUACCGCGCCAGCUAACAGCAUGGGUCACAUUAUAGCUACUUACAGUAUUUUAGGAGGUUUCGGAGUGGGCCUCGCAUCCUCAUCUUCCUUCGUGUCCUUAAAUCAUUAUUUUUCUAAGAAGCGUGGCCAAGCCGUGGGUUUAUCCAUGGCAGGCACUGGCUUCGGUUUAAUGGUCAUGCCUCAGCUGGUCAAUUUGUUACUUGGCGAGUUUGGCUUUAGAUGGACGGUCGUCAUAUUGGGGGCGUUAGCCUUUCACGCAAUUCUUGGAUCCUGUUUGCUUCAGCCGGUGAAAAGACAUCUCAUAGAAGUGCCGGUUGAUUGCGAAAUGCAGACAGUCAAGGAAAUGGAGUGUAUAAUGGAGAGUGACGAAGAAAAUGAAGACAAGUUCGAAAUAAACCCUCUAGUAUCACAUCCAAUCCCAAAAAUUAUCAAGCAACGUUCUCAUGGGAAUAUGAACCAUCCUUCAGUAAGAACAAUAGGAUUGCCUCGUGCGAAAACCUGUGACAAACCUUUACCUGAGUUCGAGUUUGAUAAAAGAAGUAAGUUGUAUCCAGGUUUGACUACAGCGGCAUCAGUAGCCGUGAUGCCGAGAGUGACAUCUAGUGGCAGUAUGAGUGAAGCGGCUAGAAAGAGAAAAGUAUCAGUCAUUUCAAAUAUUUCCAACAUGGAUUUCACUGGCAGUUACUUGCAAUUGUAUCUCGACACGGCGGAUGAUGAGGCCAUCCAAAUGAAGCCAAUUAAAAAGGAUGAACCAGCUCAAGAAAAAAAAGGCUUCUUCAAAAAGUUUAUAUCACUAAUGGACUUAGAUUUACUUAAAGACUGGUCAUUUUUGAACCUUUUACUCGGGCUCUCUCUAUUUUGGAGUGGGGAGCUGCAAUUUAGGAUGUUAACACCAUUCUUCAUAAGAGGAUUGGGUUACAACAUGAACGAUACUGCGUUCUGCUUAUCCAUGACUGCUAUAACUGAUAUUUUAGUGCGGUUGAUCCUGCCGCCUAUAUUUGACAGGACGACUAUUUCCAAGAAAAUGAUUUUCUUCGUGUCUGCGUUCUUUUUAGCGGCUACCAGAUCUGUGUUAGCUGAACAAUCGGAAUGGGUGCCUUUAAUGAUAUGGUUGUCGAUCUGCGGUUUCUUCAGAGGCAUGUGUCUCAGUAACUUUACUUUGACAAUAUCUGAGUACUGCCCGCUGGAAAAGCUACCUGCGGCCUUUGGUCUGCACAUGGUCAGCAAGGGUGUAUUCGUUGUGGCCAUUGGACCGCUUAUUGGCUAUGUAAGAGAUUACACUAACAGCUUCUCAACAUGUAUUCACGUGCAGAACGCUCUUAUUAUGUCAUGCGUUCUCGUGUGGGGCAUCGAAUACGCUCUGGCCUUCACCCGCCGCAGGAAAGUCGUCCAGAUUUAG